AUGGCUUCGACCGGAGUGAACGUUUUGCGGUGGUCCGCCCUCGGCCUGGGCGUCUUCUACGGCUUCACCCACCAGCGGGCUAUCUUCGCUGCCCAAAGAGCCGAGCACGCCCAGCACGAGUACGAGAAGAAGGAGAAGUUGAUCCAGCAGGCCAAGGCGGAGUUUGCGAAGCAGAAGAACCCUACAUCAGCUGCUGACUCUGUGAUUACCGACCCCGCGGAUCCCAAGUUCGACCUCGAGAAGCUGCUGCUGAAGGUUGCCAAGGAGAACCCUUAA